AUGUUCUACUUUCACUGUCCGCCUCAGCUGGACGGAGAGUGCUGUCGCUCCAACACAUUGAACUCGAGCGGUUUUGGCAACCACGCCCCGGCUGAUUUCGAUGAUGGUUUUCUACGUAGAAAACAGCGCAGAAACAGAACAACAUUUACUUUGCAACAGUUGGAGGCUUUGGAGGCAGUCUUCGCGCAGACCCACUACCCGGACGUGUUCACCCGGGAGGAGCUGGCCAUGAAGAUCAACCUGACCGAGGCCAGGGUGCAGGUUUGGUUUCAGAACCGCAGAGCUAAGUGGAGGAAGACGGAGCGAGGGAGCACAGACCCUGAAGGAGGCAAAGAGCAGAUGAGUGAGGGCACUCCUCCAUCUCGCAGCAUCAACUCUCAGUCCCCAGUGGACCACAGCAGAAAACAGAAAGAACCGCUGGAGAUGCAGCAGAGUAUCAACAGGACGGUGGGUCCAAGUGGUCCGUUCUUCCCAUCUUGCAUACCAGGCACCCUCCUCAACUCUGCCACCUAUGCCCAGGCCCUCUCACAGGUCGCCACGCUGAAAGGGAAUGGUUUGUGCUCCUGCUGCGUCUCUGACCCCAUGGGCUUGUCCUUCCUGCCGCCCUACGGUUGUCAGGGCAACCGCACAGCCAGCGUGGCUGCCCUGCGCAUGAAGGCCCGUGAGCACUCGGAGGCUGUGCUGCAGUCUGCCAACCUGCUCGGCGCGGCGACCGGACCCGGUGCCGGCGUGGGAGUCCUGUCUGGAGUCGGCGUGAGCGCAGCCGGGGUGGCGAGGCCCACGCUGGCUCCUGCCAUCGAGGUGCCCGGCACUGUGGGAAGAGGGGGAGACAGCUCCAGUCCCAGCCCGGCCAACAAGGUCCCAGUCCUGGGCAGCAGUCCUGACAAACACCCUCACUGCUCCAAGGAACCACUGGAGAAAAAGUGA